AUGCCUUCUACAGCCUCGGCCGGGUCCUCUCUCAAGGAUGUCAAUCCUUUCUCCCGGCCCAAGUCGCACUCGAUCUUCCAUCAUGGAGCAGAAAUCGAGCAGCAGAAUAAAUUUAGACAAGAGAAGAUCAUCUCCGCACCCUUGGAUUAUCUCGGCAGCCUGCCAGGUAAGGACAUCCGAGGAAAGCUGAUCUCUGCUUUCAACGAAUGGUUCAAAAUUCCCGAGGAAAAACUCGAGGUUAUCAAGCGCGUGGUUGGGCUGCUCCAUGUGGCCUCUUUGUUAAUCGACGACAUUCAGGACUCUUCAAAGCUACGAAGGGGGUUGCCCGUGGCACACAACAUUUUUGGCGUCGCGCAAACAAUCAACUCUGCGAAUUAUGCAUACUUCCGAGCGCAAAGCGAAUUGUUCACGUUGGGCAAGCCGCAAGCACUUGACAUUUUUACAGAAGAGCUUUUACGCCUCCAUCGAGGCCAAGGAAUGGAUCUCUACUGGAGAGACUCGCUCAUCUGCCCAACAGAGGAGGAAUACCUGGAGAUGGUGGCGAACAAAACUGGAGGCCUUUUCCGACUUGCAAUCAAGCUGAUCCAGCUUGAAAGCGAAAACACGAUGAAUUGCGUACCCCUCGUCGAUCUUCUUGGCGUGAUCUUCCAGAUUCGAGAUGAUUACCAAAACCUCCAAAGCGACCAGUAUGCCAAGAACAAAGGCUUUGGCGAAGACAUUACCGAGGGGAAAUUCUCUUAUCCGAUCAUUCACAGUAUCCGGCAGGACCACGGAAAUCCUCAAUUAAUGAACAUUCUGAGACAGAAGACGGAGGAUGAGGAUGUCAAGCGCUACACAAUCCAAAUCAUCGAGUCCACUGGGAGUUUCGAGUUCACUCGGCAAAAGUUGAUCUCACUAACAACCCAGGCUAGAGCUGUGCUGAAAAGCCUCGGAGUCGACCAGUCUUCGGGCCUUGCCAGCAUUUUGGAAUUCCUGGAACUAAAGCAAUGA